AUGUAUCUUGAGAGAGAUACCCAGUUUGAUUUGCAUGAUGGAUGUGAUCCCAUCUUUGAUCCGUCCGGGGAAUAUUCUGGACUUGGUAUGGAAGAAAUUGAAUUCGGCCAUUCCAAAAUUAUCGCUGUAAUCACGGUUUAUAAGGGUGCCGGCGGCCGCCGUGUAUCUGUUCAGUACCACGACCUUGCGGGCAUAGCUGUUCCAUGCCCUAUAAAAGAUGUUCAGAGUUAUCACUACGUUCCAUCCUGCCUGGGCGGCGCACAACGGCCAGGAGAUCCCUCUUCUGAAUGUAAGAUGUGUUUGAAGAUGCAGAAGUCGUUGAACAGGUUUUUUUCGUUUAUCAGCGGCAAGAACACGAUUGAUGGGAGAACAACAACAUCGAGAGGGACGGCUCUAUUAACGAUUGGGGAAAGCGGCAUGGUAGAGCGUUACGAAGUCAAGGGUAAAAAGGGAGGGGAUGGAAAAUCUCUCGGAGAGGGUAUAAUGAACUUUCAAUGUUUUGCGGCCAGUCGUGUGUUUCAGUUACCGUAUGAGCACCCUGCUUCGGAAAAAUUCGAAUAUACUGGCCCGGACACGAUUCAGUACUUCAACUUGCGCAGCUCAAACCUGAAAGUAAAGGAUAAGAUUGAAGAAUUCUCUUCCGUCGACAUUGUGAGCGGCACUUGCCUAUUCUCGCAAGAAUAUUUGGGUAAUACCACUCAACGUUCCCCAGAUAACCUCCCACCUCGUCUAUCUGAUCAGAGGCCCACCUUAUACGAAAUCGAAUCACUCGUACGGCUUCCAAACGCCAUUGCAGACGUAGUUUCGGCGCUCCCAGAUCUUCUCCAUGUCACAAUCACUCUGGAUAUACCAAAAUUCCAGUACUACUUGUUUUUUGUGGAUCUCUAUUCUGAAGGUCACUGCAAUCGGGAGUACAUCAAUUCCCAGCUAGGUGCAAUCGAUCAACGUCACAACCAAGUCGCUGAGGUAUUCGUAAAAGCAAUAGAAGAGGAAUUGAACCGGCGUGGUGUCAUCGACCGGAGGAAUAUACAGAUUAAGGUUAGGGGUGGGCUGAUUGGGAUCGCCCCAUACAUACGAAACUCCAUAAAUCAAGGUCACAGCGUGCCAUCUGUACAGAGUCUGCUACAGAGGGCGAUGGAUCUCGACCCUCAGUUUCGGAAGUAUUGCGAGUUUCUUCCACAGCCUCCUCAAGAUCACCUUAGCUUGGGUGGAAUUAGCUAUCCUUACGAGGUCUUACGACCUAUUUUACGCCGGCAUAUACACGAACAAGGGAAUUCGAACAUCGUGUGUUUUCAGCAGAAAAGAGCCCAAGGUCGUCAGCUUCUCAUCCAAAUUGAUAAUAAAAACGAGCGACGCACAUAUGUAGAAGCUAGUAGGAUACUUAAGGAGUAUCGGACAAAAAGUACCAUUAGCAGUGCUGGCGACCCACUGCUUAUCGGGAUGUUUCCUAUCGAACGUAUAUUCACUGCAGAGAAAGCGGGGAAAACAAGUCUAUAUUAUAGCGAAGCUGGACAUCAUAUCUACGAUAGUUCUGUCAAAGCUGUUGUCAGUCCAAGCGACGUUGUCGGGAGGGUUUAUGGGAAGGAGGCCACUGGAAGAGUGGUGGGGUGGAUGAAGAAAAAGGGAAUGCAGGUUGACAUGCCUGCCACGAUAACAACAUCAAAUAUAUAA